CAGGUGAGCAGGUGCGCUUUUUUCAGAGAGGUAACUAGGAUAUUCCCAUCACAAGAUCCGCACAGGAGCACUGGGCACCCCGCCGUGACAACACAGGCCAGCGUUCAGGGCAGAAUGGCCAACUUCAAGGGACAUGCACUACCUGGUACAUUCUUCCUGCUGUUUGGCCUGUGGUGGUCGAUCAAGUACCCUUUCCGACAGAUGAGGAGGAAACGAGAGAGGCAACAUGGAGACAGAGAGAGACAAAUGCACACUGUACUCUUAAACCGCAUGGAGUUAAUUGAAGGAGCUCUAAAGAUCUUUUUUGCAUUUGUUGGGAUCAUGGCAGAGCAGUUUGUGCCUGAUGGUCCUCAUGCACAUCUGUAUCAGGGUGGCUGGGUGAAGCUGAUGAAUUGGCAACACAGCACCAUGUACUUGUUCUUCGGUAUCUCUGGCAUCGCAGACGUUCUCAGCGUGACCUCUCGCCAUGUGCCAGUUGGUCUUGACCGUCUCUCCCUUUCCAUGGCUCUCUUUGUGGAAGGUUUCCUUUUCUAUUUCCAUGUCCACAAUCGUCCUCUUCUGGACCAGCACAUUCACUCUCUGCUUCUGGUUGCGGUGUUUGGUGGAUCCGCCACUACAAUGUUGGAGGUGUUUAAGCGAGAUAACACCGUGCUGGAACUUUUCAGGUGCAGUUUGGCCAUCCUACAAGGGACAUGGUUUUAUCAGAUUGGGUUUGUGCUGUAUCCUCUAAGUGGAUCACCUUGGGAUCCGGAAAAGCACGACAACAUCAUGUUCAUCACCAUGUGCUUCUGCUGGCAUUACGCUGUGGCUCUAUUGAUUGUAGGCAUCUGCUACUGUGGAGUUUUUUGGUCUUCAAAAUGGUGUGAUGGAAGGCAGAUAGGCGACAUGGAGAUGGGGCUCAGAAAGUGUCCUGCCUCAGACUCUAGCUCCCAAAAAGCUUUGCUCCAGGAAUCAGAUGAAGAGUAGUUGGAGCUUGUGAUGACUACCAAGAUUGAAUGCACUGAAUUCUACAUUUCUUUGCCUUUUUCUCUGCUUGCAAGCUGUCUUCCAAUAGGAUUUUAUGAAUUUAUGUUUGCAUAAUUUAUCUGCAAAUGAUUCAAAAGAUUUUCAUGUGCUCAUGCCAAAAAUAUCUCAUUAAAAAGGGACAUGUAAAAAGUGUGGUUAUCACAGGUGUCAGAAGCACUUGGCAGGAUUUGACAAACCACAGAGGAAAAACAGAUCAUGGUAUUCUUUUAGAAUAUCAAAUGCAUGUAUGAAUGACAUUCACUUCUAAAUAUGUAUAAUAGAUGUAUGCGCAUUAAAAUGUAUUAUAAUGAAAUUCAAAUGUGGAAUAUACAAGCAUAUAAUUGUUUCACUUGUCGACACUGCAUGGUCAGCUUGAUUCAUGUUUGCCACAUCAUGGAAAUGAAGCGGUAAAAAGCAGGCAAAUUAUUUGUUUUACAUAUACACAAUUCAAGUUAGAGAUUCAUCCCUAGACUGCAGUAGACAACGGUGUCUGGUGUGAAGGUGUGGAAUGAAGGUACCAUCUGUUUAGGUUUGAUAUUUUAGCACAAUCAUUUAUUUAUUUAUUACAAUACAAACAGUGGCUACUGAAUAUCAACAGUACUUGUUAAAUUACAUUUCAUUCGGAGAACUUAAGAUAUAAAAAGCACAAAUAAACAAAGUUGCCUCUG